AUGUUCAAAGUAUUCUCUGAGCGGCGAAAAGCCAUCGAGGCCGAUGGAGUCUACAUUGGCGGAUUCAAACUUCGAAACUCCAUGAUUCCGGAGAAGAAGGCAGACGGUAGUUAUAAUACAACUGAGGACCGGAUUGAACAAUUCAACGCUGCCGAGCAGGACUGGACACCGCAGGAAGAAGCCAAGCUUUUGCGCAAGCUGGACCUGCGCGUUUUGCUACCAUGUUGUAUCAUCUACUUCGUUGCAUACCUUGACCGAGUCAAUCUGGGAAAUGUCAAAGUCUUGAGAUCCAACACACCGGAUUCAAUCAAGUCCUCACUACAUCUAGAAGGCACCCAGUUCAAUUGGGCUGUUUCCAUUUCAUACUUCUCCGUCACUGCGCUGCUCAUCCCGUCAACGAUUCUUUUCAAGAAGUUUUCGGCGAAACGAUACUUCCCUAUUAUCAUGGUCCUGUGGGGUACUGUUGUCAUGGCCAUUGCCGGCGUAAGAUCGGGCCCUGGUCUACUCGCGGCAAGAUUCUUCCUUGGUGUUCCCGAGUCCGGUGUUGUUCCUUGCUGCGUUUUGUACUUCAGCUUCUGGUAUCGUCCACGAGAGCGAGCCUGGAGACUAGCUGUCUUCCAUGCAUUCAAUGCCCUAGCGGGCGCCGUCUCGGCGUUCUUCGCAACUGCAAUCGAUCAUCUCAAUGGUAAAGGCGGCCUGAAAUCAUGGCAAUGGGUCUUCAUUAUUGAGGGUGCUCUUCCGAUCGCUCUUGCAGUGCCAGUGUAUUUCCUCCUCCUAACCUUUCCCGAGGACUCCAAGGCUUUAUCCGAAAGAGAACGAUAUAUCGCAAUCAAUCGGUUCGGUCGCGGCGCCACUCGUUCAACAGACGUAACAUGGGAUACUUCGGCCUUUAUUCGGAUCAUGACUCGGCCCUCUACUUACUGCUUCUUUAUCUCCUAUAUUUGCGUAACGAUCAUCGCUGUGUCCCAAGCAACCUUCCUGCCUACCAUUUUCCAUGAAUUGAUGAACUUUUCCAGCACGAAAUCUAACCUCUAUACCGCCGUAGUCUAUCUCGCCAUUAUCCCACUUUACUUAAUCUGGUCACUGCACAGCGAUUGGGUUAGAGAGCGCAUGUGGCACUUCAUUCUGCCAUGUCUAGGCAGUAUUCCCUGUUAUGCGGUUUGGACAUAUUUCUCGUUCAACGCAGACGCCACAACUAUCCAACCAAUUAGUCUGUACGGAGUUGCCUUUAUGGGCAAGGCAAUUGUGAUUUCACAGCCUAUAAUUCUCAGUUUCCGAUCAUCCACGUUGUACGGUGCUGCAGAGCAAGCAGUUGGCACUUCCGCUGCUGUUGCAAGCUUGUCGAUUGCUAGCAUCGUGGCUCCACAGAUCUUUCCAGAUAGUGACGGACCGCUCUACCAAAAUGGGUUCGUUGCCUGUCUUGUCUUGGAAGUAGUCGCCAUCUUGUCGUACUGCUGCAUUCCCGUGCUUCUACUUCUAGAGGCAGAGAGACGAAAGAAGAAGACUGGACAUGUUAUGCCUCUGCGGGCGAUUCUCGAUGCCGAGAACGCACAGGUAUCCGACGCUACUCUUGCCCGGAUGCAUGCGAUACAAGAAAAGGAGGCGGCGGAGAACCUGCAGAACGCCAAGCUGAAAGGAGAUAGCAGUGGAGCGCAUGUGGAACAUGUUGAGAUGGGUCGGAAGUAG